AUGCACUCAAAAGUCAUCCUUGGAUUUUUAAUUAAUCUUUUACUUUUUCUUGAAAUUAACGCUCAGCCAACUAGUUGUGUCACUUGUAUCAACUGUCAAGAUCAAUACGAUGGAACCGAUACGAAUUCAACAUGUGCGUCAACAACGCCAAACGCAGAUAGUUGUCAAAAGAUGCGAAUUCAACUGCCCGGUGCAGUGCUUAUCGCGAAAGCGUGUUCAAAGAACUGUAAAGAACAAACGAUUGUGGCCGGUGUUCUUCGUUUUGAUGUAACUUGUUGUAAAACAGAUAAUUGCAAUCAAGGAAGAAGACAUUCACCCGGCAAAUUCUUCUUGUUAAUAAUAUUAGUUUUUUUACUCGCAAAUAAACAUUGA